GUGGCUCCGAAAGCACUGCGCAAAACUAGCGAGAUAGAGUACGGUCACGUGUCUCUCUCCGACGCGCUGAUUGGCUCACCGGGACCGUGCAGUCUUCGCCGUUUGCCAAUAAGUUACGGCGAGACAAAGUAUAGAACACAUCAGCGACGGUCCGUAGGACCCGGCCGGGCUGGCUGGCACCCGACCAAAGGGUCCCAAACUUAGGCGGGACACCCCUCGUACCCUCCGCUGCACCCCCUCCUUCUUCCCCUCGCCCGACGAAAACAGCGGACUCCGAACGCCGAAACCGAACCCUGAGGUGCCUCCUCCACCCGCGGGCGCCGGAGCCGAAGAGGUCCCCGCCAGAACGUGCACGCGCCGUUCUUCGCCAAGGGCUAGGUCCUCCAGGGUCUCCCUCUUGCAGACCACCCAUGGUGCAGGCGGGACGACGCUGCUUCUAGUCGCCGAGGACAUCCGACAGGAUAUCGACUAGUCGGGGACAGAGGGGAAGCGAGACUACUCGAGGACUACUCGAGGACCAGCGAAGGUCGGCCGGGGUCGGACCAGCUCCGGGGCCAUGGCUCCCACGGCGCAGGAGAAGGUCUCGGUGGACGCCCGUGGCGUGCUCAUCAUGAUCGUCGCGCUGGCCGGCAUCGCUGCCCUAUGGGUGAACGAAUUCAUGCCGGCGGACGACGGCUUCGAUCCCAGCACCUACGUCUACCGGUCACCGCAGUCACCGCACAAAGGGCACUCCAGGGAAGCGACGAGGGAGCCCCCGAAACCGGUGCUGCUCUCUCUGGAGGACUGCGGCAAACUCGCACAAGACGCCGUACGGGAGUACGUCCAACGACACGCCGCCGAACCGAGGGACGAUUCCGCCGAAGACAGCGCUCCGACCGACGACGACGAGGCUUCGAAAGCCCGCGACUACGAAGAAGCGUCCAUGACCGAAGAGCACAGACACGGAGGCAGCAAGGCUGCAGCACGACACGCCGAAGCUGAGGACACGUCAGCCCAGUCGGAGGAGGAACACGAAGAAGCGCACGCACCGGAACUUGCCGACAGCGAAGAGGAGGCAAGCGAGGAAGGAGGGACGACCGGACACGAAGCGGAGGAAGAGAGUGAAGAGGAGGUAGGGGCCACUGAAGAGGAGGAGGAGGAAGAGGAGGCUGAUAGUGGGGAAGAGACGGAAGGUGAGCAUGCACCAGAGGAGGAGGAGGAGGAGGAGGAGGAGGAAGAGGAAGAAAACAGCGACGAGGCAGAUGCAGGACUAGAAGCCGAGGAGCCCGAGGGCUCCGAAGAGGAAGGAGGCUCGUCUGAGGGAGACAAGUCUCAAGAGCAGGAAGAGGAGGAAGAGGUCCGGGCUGGACCACGCUCCCGCAAACACAUCGCCGACGUGCUAGGCUUCAGGGACAUUGGCAGCGACGACGACAAGGAAGAAGAUGCCCUCAUCCAAGAGAUCCUGCAGGAGCUUAAGAAGCUCUCGGUGAAUGCCAUUCAGCCCAUGGAAAAGCUCUACAAGUUCAAGGACAUCAGCACCAGAGUGCUUGGAGAUGCAGAAAUCUUCAACAAGCCGAUGGCUCUUUUCUUGGGACCGUGGAGCGCCGGGAAAAGUAGCGUCAUCAACUACCUGCUCGGAACGGAGCAUACCAAGGCAGGCCUCAAGACAGGCCCCCAACCGACGGACAUAGACUUCACCAUCGUCCACUACGCCGACAAGCUGCAGCGGGCUAGCGGCACCGAGAUGGCCGCCCACUGGGCGUUUUCGAGCGUCAACAAGUUUGGACAGGGGUUCCUGGACCACUUCAGGGGUAUCGGGCUGCCACAUCCACUUCUGCAAAAGGCAAGUCGUUGUCGUGCACAACGUCCAAAUUUCGCUUGGUAAGCGGCGAUCCCCUCUUCCUCAUUCCAGGUCACCAUCGUGGACACACCCGGCAUACUCGACAAGCGCAAGGUAGAGAACUACCCGUUCAACGACGCCUUCCAGUGGUUCAUUGAUCGCGCCGACGCCAUCUAUGUCGUCUUCGAUCCCAGCAAGCUCGAGAUCGGCGAGGAGAUGGCCACACUCCUCGACCAGCUGAAAGGGCGCGAGGCGCAGACGCGGUUCCUCCUUAACAAGGCCGACUUUGUCCAGCCGCACGACAUUAUGCGCGUCACGGGCCAACUCCUGUGGAACGUGUCCCCGCUCCUGGGCAGCAGCGAGGCCCCUGUCAUCCACACCGUCUCUAUGACCUCGAGGCCCUACCACGCCGGAACUCCCGCAGAGUUCUUCCACGAGCAGGAGCUUGCGCUGCUCGACCACCUCCGCGAGAUCAUGGACGAGCGCGUCGAGAACACCAUCGCCUAUGCGCGCCGACAUGCGGUGCGCGUCCGCAACCACGCCAAGCUCGUCGACUGCUACCUCAGCACCUUCUACAAGCAGAAGGGCAUCUUCGGCAGCAAAAAGAAGGUUGCCGAGGCCAUCACCAAGGAGCCCAACAAGUACAACAUCUUCGAGGGCCUCAGCCGGCUCAACAACGUGAGCCGCUACGACCUGCCAGACCCUCAGGUCUACUAUAAGUUCUUCAAGCUCAAUCCAGUGUACGAGUUCAAGCCCCUGAUCGACACCUGCACCUACUUCAAGGGGUGCCCCCUGGACAAGCUCGACAUUGCCAUAGCUUACGACCUGCCACAGCUUCUGGGCAAGUACAACGACAAGACAAAGCUCAAGAAGGACCACGAGAAGUCGGCCACCGGUCAGGUUCCGGUGCCGAUGGGUGCCGAGGAGCGACGCAGCUGAGGAGAAACUGCCGCUUAUUGAUCUCGAGAACAAACGUCCCAACGAUGUCGGAAGUAUGGCGUCGUGGCCGCGGCUAGAAAGUUGAGCUCUUCUGGAGCUCCGACACUGUGACCGCUACUGGCUUUAAGUGGUCGUUCGCUGGGCAAAAAAAAAAAAAGCGUGCACGCAGCAUGAGCUACGUCCACAAGCUUCCGUCGCUGGAGCUGCAAAAAGGUUCAACUUUCUGGUGUGGCCAAUAACUGGGGGACGGACCUGACAGCGGGUUUUCUCUGAAGACUCGCUCUUUUGGCUGCCAGUGGUGGAUGAAAAGCCAGUUUUGUGGGAAUCCUUUUUUUUUUCAGGAAGGCACUGUUGUUUGGGUAGAGUAGAUGCACCUUCAUGGACUGCGAAUGAGCAGAUGCUCACCGAGAAAUUUAGGGUAGCUCCACAAAUGCUUCACUAAAUACCCAAGGUUGCCCGUAGUACAGACUGGUAUGGCCUCAACAGGAAACUAGAGGAAUUCCAUGAAUACCCAUAGUUCCAUUUGGUGCCAAGUCACCUCAUACAAAGGCAUGAAGUCGACUAUCCUCAGUGGAGGUUUCAAUGUUCUUGGUGAACAGUUCCUUGCAUGUAGACAGCACUCCAGUACUGCCCAGUAAAGAUGGUUCCCCAACAAUCAAUGACCACAAUGCCGGAUGACAAGCUAGUAUAAUUUGGCAGGUGAUGGUUUGAUGGCACGUUGAAAUUAACAAGGACAGGAGGUAACAUACCAGAUGGCAGAGUAAUGCUUCUUAAAAUUAAAAAAAAAUGAGAAUGAUGGGUCAGAUUUUUUUUUUCUUUUAUUCUCGUCAGAAAGUUGCCAAAUGAAAGACAUUCCCUGUUCACUAACAACCCAAUCUCAGCAAAACUUGGCAAUUACUUAGCAUCUACUUCUCAACUAACCAUACAGCUUAGUUCAGAAGUGUCACAACCAUGUCACAAAACAAACCUUGUGGCAAAGCAACUCUAUGAAAUAUUCAAGCCUGUGAUAAUAUGGCCGUGUUAAACGAGAUCUUCCAAUAUGAAAUAAAAGCUGAUGUGAAUAAAACUGCCAUAACAAU